ACACGAUAUUUCAUAUUUGUGAGAACCCUAAUCCUUCAGAUCUGGAAAAGAUUGAAUUGGAGCCUCUCCUCAAAUCUUGUGAAAUCAGGCUGUCUAUUCCAUCCCGUCAAGCUUCAUACCCUUCUCGAACACGUACACAUACGGACAAAUCUAUUUGCAGGUAAUCCUGUUCUCUUAUGCUUUCUCACUUUGUCCGACCACCCUAAACUCUCGACCCAAGCUCACCACCACGUUUCGAUUCCCCCUUUCAUUUCUUGUUCGCAGGUUUGUUUUUAUCGAGUAUUUGUAAUUAAGGGCCUCGCGAUCUGCAGCUUCUAAGAUUAUGCAUCAAUUUCCUGUCUCUCUUGGAUAAGAAAUAAAGAUGGCUGAGAAAUUAUGCCUGAACGAAGAAGACAAGGCUAUGUUUGAAUCUGUGUUGGGUGCCGCGGCCACUGCGUUCUUUGUUUCGGCCGUUUCCAAUAAUGUCUUCUCCGACGUUUUUGUUCCAUCUGGGGGUGACCUGGGUCACCAUCCGAGGUUGUCCCAGAUUGUUGAGGUGUCCAAAUGCACCUACGCCAUCUUUUGGCAGGUUGUGGGCUUGAAAUCUGGAGGCUCUGCAUUGGGUUGGGGCGAUGGAUUUUGUCGGGAUCACAAAGGGGGUGAUCUGAAUGGAGCUGGCAAAGAGAAGGAGGAGAUGAAACUCCGAGUAUUGCAAAAGCUUCGUGCCUGCUUUGGUGGGCCAAAAGAGGCUGAUUCUGCGAGAUCGGACAGGGUCUCGGAUUUGGAUAUGUUUUACUCAACUUCAAUGUAUUAUAUAUUUGGUUUUGAUUCGCGGUAUGGCCCUGGAAGUUCAUUCAAGUCUGGUAAAUCAGUUUGGGCUUGGGACUUCUCUCAUUGUCUGAACCAGUAUGAAUCGAGAUCGUUUCUGGCAAACUUGGCUGGUUUUCAAACAGUUGCUUUUGUACCUCUCAAGUCUGGGGUUGUUGAGCUUGGUUCAAAGGAAGUGAUGCCUGAAGAUUUGAAUAUUUUGGAGAUGAUAAGAACAACCUUUGGAGAGCCUAAUUCUGGACAGACAAAGGUGUAUCCCAAGAUUUUUGGGCGUGAGCUAAGCCUUGGGGAUGCAAAAUCUCAGUCCAUAACUAUCAGUUUCUCCCCCAAGGUGGAAGAUGAUUCUGGUUUCACUUCAGACUCUUGUGAGGUACAAGCACUGGGGACUAACCCUGUAUUUGGGAAUUCUUCCAAUGGGAGUAUAGCAGAUAGUAACGAAGCAAAACUGUUUCCACAACUGAAUCAAAUGAUUGGUGCGAAUUUCAACGCUCAAGCUAGGGCUUCUUGUCUGGACCUUGGUAAUGAAGACUUGUCACCUCAUCCAGAUGAACGGAAGCCUAGAAAAAGAGGGAGAAAACCUGCCAAUGGUAGAGAGGAACCCUUGAAUCAUGUUGAAGCAGAGAGACAGAGACGGGAGAAACUUAAUCAGAGGUUUUAUGCCUUAAGAUCUGUUGUUCCUAACAUAUCCAAAAUGGACAAGGCAUCUCUGCUCGGUGAUGCCAUUACCUAUAUCACUGAUCUGCAGAUGAAGAUUAAGGUGUUGGAAGCUGAAAGGGGUUUGAUGAACAACAAGGACAAGCAGUUGCCAUUGCCAGAUAUUGAUUUUCAGGCCAGACAGGAUGACGCGGUCGUGAGCGUGAGCUGUCCUUUGGAGACCCAUCCUGUUUCUGGGAUUGUCAAGACUUUGAGAGAGCAUCAAAUUGUACCUCAAGACUCCAGUGUUUCAACUGCAGAUGAUAAGGUCAUUCACACAUUCUCCAUAAAAGCUCAUGGUGGGGAGAAUGCUGCUGUACAGUUGAAGGAGAAGCUCGAAGCCUCCCUAUUCAAAGACUGACUGACAGUAUAUUUACAUGGAGCUUCUUACUGCAAACUGCGGUUAAAAAUAUUGUAUGUUUUGUCGUGUUGUCUGAUACAAUGGUAGCAUAUUUUUAGCUAACAUUGUUAAUUGUUAUCUAUGGUUAAUAUGGGGUGGGGACUCCCUCUGCACUGUAGUGUGCGGGAAAUCGGGAAUUAUGGUAGAAUCAGUCAUUGAGUAUCUAUGUCCAUAUGUGGUCUCAAUUAUUUAGAGUAUAUAGAAGAAUGAAUGCAUAGUAUGAAUCAAUAUCGCGGGACAGAGAAUUUGGACUGUGUUUCGGCUGUGUACUAUUAAUAUAUUAAGUGCAAAUGCAACCUUGGCUCA